AUGACAGUCCGAAAUCCUCUUCCACUCUCCGACGAGUGGAAGGAUCCUGACGAAUAUGUCAAAGCCCUCCUCUCUUUCGCAACCGAGUCGGUCAUGUUCAUGAACCUUUGCGGUGGCGUGCAUAUCCUCGAUUUCCUGACGCGCGAUCCCGAUCUGUACACUUCACUACUGCCAGAAGACUGGCGAUCAUUCUUUGAUCAUCACGACAUCCACAGCAUCUUGCAACUGCUGCUACGAGAGGACAUUGACCCGCUGUGCGAAACCGCCGAAACAAACGCAGACACCGGGAAUGGCAGGACAUGGAACGGAGGCACGUUCCCGCCCACAAGCCUUCUCGAAUACAUUCGCAACAUCCGACGACUGAGCUUCCGCCGCGAGUACACCACAUCUGAGAAGAGUGAACCCCUCCCGAGACAUAUUGCUGUUGGCAUGAACAAAAAAAAGAAGCACGAGGUUGAGGAAUUCUCUCGCUAUGUCGCGUCUUUGUCAGAGACGGUAAAUGAGCGUCGCGGGGAACCAUUAUCUCACAUUGUCGAUUUUGGGUCGGGACAAAGCUACCUGGGGCGCAUGCUGGCAAGCUCGCCCUAUCAUAAACAUAUCAUUGCUAUCGAGCGAAAGCACCAAUACAUCAGCGGUGCCAACCCCCCAGAUCUAGGCCUUUCGGAAAAGCCUGAAGUUCCUAGCUUGGAGAUGGAAGCACCACUGGGAUCGAGCGAUUCAGUGCCAGAAGAACCUGCUGGUCAGGAUGAAGAUACCACGGUCUCUAAUAUUCUAGGCGAUAUGACUCUAGAAGCCGAUGAUGUGCUCGACUCGACGUACAGAAAGCCACAUGUGCCACAUGUGCCAAAGGCACAACCGAAGGUCGAUACCAGGGGCACAGUCAGCUACAUAGAACAUAAUAUCCAAGAUGGCUACCUGGAACCGAUCAUUGAGCACGUCGUCGACCCAAAAACAUCAGUUGAAACCCGGACCAGCACAGAAGAAGUCAUCAUCCAACCCGAAGAGAAGAAACCAAGUGACGCCCGGGUGAUGGUGGUCUCUCUACAUUCAUGCGGAAACCUCGUCCACCACGGACUCCGAUCACUAGUGCUCAACCCUUCUGUUGUGGCAAUCGCCAUGAUUGGCUGCUGCUACAACCUCCUGACAGAACGAUUGGGGCCAGCAACAUACAAAAUCCCCAUCCUUCGAUCCCUGCACCCCCGCCUCAAACAAACCGGAUCGUCAUGGGACCCGCACGGAUUCCCAAUGUCCAAGCUUUAUGAAAACUACCACGCAAAGACCACAAAAGGCCUCAAGCUCAACAUCACAGCCCGCUCAAUGGCCUUACAGGCACCCCACAACUGGGGCCGCGCCGACAGCGAAGAUUUCUUCACACGUCAUUUCUACCGCGCUUUGCUGCAACGCGUUCUUCUAGAUCGCGACAUCAUCCCUAAACCCGACAUCCCCGACGAUCUCUAUAAAGACGACGCGGACAACCCCAACUCGGAGGGUAUAGCGCUGAUCGUGGGAUCCGUGCGAAAGUCCGCAUUCGAGUCUUUCACCGCGUAUGUGCGUGCUGCAACGGUCAAAUUGAGCCGUGAUCCCACACGUGGCGAGUUGGUCAAGGAGCGCGUCUGUACCAUGUCUGAGGAAGAGUUGCAGCGCUAUGAAAAAAGGUACUUGCCCACACGCAAGAAUCUCAGUAUCGUGUGGAGUUUAAUGGCGUUCAGUGCUCAGGUUGUUGAGGCUGCUAUUGUUGUUGAUCGCUGGCAGUUCUUGCGCGAACAUGACUCUGUCAAGGAGUGUUGGGUUGAGCCUGUGUUUGAGUAUGGUAAGAGCCCGCGCAAUCUGGCUAUUAUUGGGAUCAAGAAAUGA